AUGUCGACCGCACAAGGACGCCUUUCUCAAGUCCAGGGACAGAUGAAGCCAUCGGGCCGCCCCUCGCUGCUCGAGAAGCACCCAGACGAUGUCGUCGUGACUUGCGCACUCCGUACUGCUAUCACCAGGGGCGGCAAGGGCGGCUUCAAGGACACCGCCGGCGCUGACCUCCUCAAUGGCGCCUUUGUCAACCUCAUCCAGCGUUCCGGCAUCGACCCUUCUCUAGUGGAAGACAUCUCGGUUGGAUGCGUUCUCGCACCAGGUGGCGGUGCUACAGAGUUCCGCGCCGCAGCUCUGGCUGCAGGCUUCCCCGAAUCUACAGCGGUCAAGAGCUUGAACAGACAAUGCAGUUCCGGACUGCAGGCCUGCGCCGAGAUCGCAAACGCCAUCAAGACCGGCAUGAUUGACAUUGGCAUUGGAGCUGGAGUUGAGAGCAUGUCAACACAAUAUGGCCCAGGUGCCGUUACUGAGUUCAGUGAACUGCUCGAGAACCACAAGUCUGCUGCGGAGUGCAAGGUGCCCAUGGGUGUUCUCAGCGAACAGAUGGCCAAGGACAAGAAGAUCACAAGAGCAGACCAGGACAAAUUUGCGGCAGACAGUUAUAGAAAGGCUAUUGAAGCACAGAAGAAGGGCCUAUUCGACCAGGAGAUCGCACCGCUGAAGGUAAAGUGGGAGGAUCCAAAGAGUGAGGAGGUCAAGGAAAUCACCGUCGGCCGGGACGAUGGUGUACGUGAAGUUACAACAGAAUCACUGGGCAAGAUCAGGGCCGCAUUUGCGAAGGACGGUACAAUUCAUGCUGGUAAUGCAUCUCAGGUCUCCGAUGGUGCAGCAGCCGUACUCCUCAUGAAACGAAGCACAGCAGAGCGCCUCGGCCAACAGAUCAUGGGCAAGUUCGUGCAAGCCUCCAUCGUCGGUGUGCCACCACUUCUUAUGGGUAUUGGGCCUUGGAAGGCCAUCCCCGUGGCCCUCGAGAAGGCCGGCAUCACAAAAGACGAUGUCGAUAUCUUUGAGAUCAACGAGGCUUUCGCUUCUCAGUGCCUCUGGUGUGCAAACGAGCUUGGUCUGCCAAUGGAAAAGAUCAACCCCAAGGGAGGUGCCAUUGCCUUCGGACACCCGUUGGGCUGCACAGGUGCCAGACAGGUCAGCACAUUGCUCUACGAGCUCAAGAGGACAGGAAAGCAAGUCGGUGUCACCAGCAUGUGCGUUGGUACCGGAAUGGGAAUGGCAGCAGUCUGGGUAGCAGAAUAA